GGGUGUGUCAUUUAUCUAAUGACUGGUUUCACAAAACUUGAGUUGUUUUCUAGAACUGUGAUUAUCCCUCAACAGCGAGAAAGGUAAUUUGAAGACUUUUAGUUGGAUAAACCCUCUAACCAACCCAUCCCCAUCUCUACCCCACCCCCGUCAGCCCAAAUUGCAUACCUUUGUCAUUGUUCGGCCAGCUGUUUUAAGGUGUAGUAUUUUAUUACCAUUAUCAUAUUUACUAGCCCAUUUUCAAACACAAAGAGACAGAAACAAACAUACAGACAACCUUCAUGUAUACACAUCUACCCCCCCCACACACACACACACACAUACGCACACACACACACGUUCACGCACACGCACACACACCCUUCCUCCCAACGCACAUACUCACACACACCCAAACAUUUACAGGCAAGUGCGCUCGCGCGCACACAGCGCGCACACAUUCCUACAUAAUUAUGCUGCUCUGUGAUCAUUGUCUCCAGCUCUUCUGUGGUAAAAGUUGUUUUGUUCAUUGGUCUUCGCAAGUUUGACAGAAUAAAGACCCCUAUUUUGCAGUAAAUUGCCUGAUUUUCCAAGGAUGAGAUGAACAGUUCUAGCAACCAUGUCAGAUGAAAACAAGGUAUGUGUGAUCUGUAAAGGGGCUUCCAUCCCAGGUAAGCGACUGGUAAACAAUCCAGCCAUGAUUGAUGAACUUUUACGGUCGUGCAGGGAGAGAGUGUCUUUAGGAGAAAGUAAUCUGCAGCCGCUUAUAGACCACCUAUCUGGCCUAAGUGAUCUGGAACUAAAAUUGGUUCAUUAUCAUAGUGAGUGUCGGAAGCCUGUUGUGAACAAGUCUAUGAUCGAGCGUCUCAAGGGAAAGAGAUCCCUACCUGAUUCUCCUGGCUGUUCAAGAGGAGGACCCGGGCGACCUCCCAGUACAACAGGACCUGCCAGACCCAAACGAUCAAAGACUGUUCCAAAGGAAAAAGUGUGUUUAUUCUCACAAUGCGACUUCUGCUCAAAGGCUGGUUCGGAACCUCUUCAUCGUGUUUGUUCUGAUGCAAUGGGACAAAAACUUCUUGAGAUAAAGCAGGAGACCCAGGAUGACCAAGUAAGAAUUUGCGUAGCAGACCUAGAAGACGUUGGUGAUGCUUCAGCUUUUGAAAAAUAUUAUCACAGGAACUGUCUUCGUGCUGCAAAACGUACAUUGACAUCAAACGUAGACCAUGAAAAGGCGUCACUUACUCGCACAUUAUGUGACGAGCAACUCAUCCUCGCCAUUGAAAACACCCUCACUGAUGAUGUUACACUAAACAUGGCUCAGGUUAAUGAUGCUUACUUGUCAAUCCUGAAAAGAUAUCACACAGAAAUUGAUGAGACUAAAAACUAUCGCAAAUAUUUGAAAAAGCUUAUCGGUGAACGUCUUCCAGAAGUCCAGUUUGUCAGCUCAUUGCGACGCAACGAACCAGAAAAGCUUGUCAAAUCGAGUACAGUCAGCAAAGCUAUUGAUCUCAGUCUUUCAUUGAUGGAUGAUGGUGAGAUAAUUGGUACCUUGAGGAAAGUGGCUGGCCUUCUCCGACACCAAAUUAGGCAAAUGCACGGCUGGUCAUUUACAGGUACCUUUGAUGACUUCAAGAAUCCAUCAUUACUCCAAUUCUUCCUAAGCCACCUCCUCUUUGGUAGUCAUGUUGUUAAAGUGUCUGGAAUGCGGGACCAAGAAGUAGACAAAACUGUCGAUGUAGCUUGUCAAUUUCUCGUCCAAAACACUCAUACUGAUCGUCAAGUAAAAUAUCAACCAAAGAGAGAUCACAGUUUUCGUCAAAACAUCCUAUCACCCUUGUCAAUUGGACUGCCUCUUGCUAUCCACUCUCGAGUUCGUGACAAGAACCUUGUUCAAAACCUUUCAGAAGCCUACAUUGGAAGUGACUAUCACAAGAUACUUGAUCUAGAAAAGAGAGUUGAGCAGUCAGUUCUUCAACGAAUGAAGGAUGCUGGGGGGUUUUGUCUUCCUGAUUUUGUCAAGAAGGGUGUGAACAUCUGGUUUGCCAUUGACAACAUUGAUCUCUUGGAAGACACACCCACAGGGCAAGGAACCUUUCACGGGACAGUGGUUGUAAUCAACCAACAGGCUGCAGAUGGAGAGCCAGUGAAUCAACCACUUGUCAUACCCGAGAAACUUUCUUCGCAAGACCUUCUAGCAUUUGAGAUGAAUGUGCUUCCAGAGCCAGUCAUCAGAACCAGCCCACUGAGAUUUCAGGCCUACAAGAAGAGGAAACAAAAUCUCAUUUCUCAAGAAUUCACUCAUACCUGGGCUCUUGUGAACUACCUUACAACAGAUGACAACGGAGAAAUGAUCCAAACUGAACCUCAGCUGCACGAUGAAGAAGCCCAGCGCAGUGAAGAGAUGCCAAGUGAUGCAGAGUCUACAAAUGAUGAGGAAACUGAGCCUUCUAGCAACAAGGGGGAAGCUGGGUCUUCAAAGGACAGAGAGGAAACAGACUCUGUCGUGAUCAUCAAAAAGCAGGUGAAGAAAUCAGAUAAACUCGCAAAGAAUGAUGUUCUUCCAACAUGGGCUGCAACUAGGUCCUUAUUGUUGUCUCAAUCCUCUCCCGCUAGCACGCCUACAAACACAGCGGUGGUUGCCCCAUUAUUCAAGACAUCGCCAACUGAUUAUGGGACCCUUUAUACUGUUCUUCGGUUAUCCCAGGGAAUAUCUGCGACUGUUGUUGGCCCUCAUAGAAAGACAUUGAUAACGCUAGAUCUCGAUCUUUACUCCCGAGCGUUGAAGAUUCAGCAGUCGGUGGGAAACGCCAACUGGAUCUUAAGAGCUGGAGUUCUCCACAUUGCUUUCGCUGCCUUACAUGCUCUUGGCAAAACCAUCGAUGGUAGCGGUCUUGACACGUGUGCUAUCGAAUGUGGUGCGUACACCUCAGCAUCUCUUCGCAGGAUCUUUGGUGGUAAAGCUUAUAAGCGUGGCCUUGAAUUCCACAUUACUGCCAGCCUUGCAAUCAUGAUGUUGCGUUUUGAUGCCAUACUAUCGGAUCUUCCCAAGGGUCCAAUUCGCAUCCAGUGCAAUUCUCUCAAAGAAAAACUUCAUGGACGUGACCCAGAGAUGGUGAAGAUCUAUGAAGAAAUCCAAUCCUGGUACUCAAGCAAUGUCAAACCGCUUGAAGAAGCUGAAGACCUUGGCGAGUUUGCCCAGUUCUUGACUCAGUAUCUUAACCAGGUGGAGAGUCUUCUACAUCUCAUUAGUUCAUGUCGAUCAGGGGACUGGGAGGGCUACUUGUCAUCACUAGAAGACCUCACCAAGUACUUCUUUGCUCGUGAUCUCCUGAACUAUGCUCGCCUGAUGCCAGUCCAUCUCGCUCAAAUGAAUGCCCUAGAAGAGGAUGAUCCAGAAACAUGGAAUGCCCUCAAGUCAGGAGACUUUGUGGUGGCAAAGUCAGAGAUACCCUUUUCUCUUCUCUUCACUGAUCAGGCUCUAGAGCAAGAAAUCAAGAAACUAAAGGGGAAUGGUGGGAUGGUUGGACUCACAAGAAAUGAAGCCGCUCUGGACCGACUAGUCACUACCACACCUCACCUUGCUGCUCUGGUAAAUCUUUACCUCAAUGACUUCCCAAAAGCUACUGGAGCUUCGGCGAGGAAGGAGCAUCAUCAGCUCUCAGGAGACAUUGCAGUGAGGUCAAAGAAGAAUGCUCUGAAACUACGCCACCUAAUCGAGCUGCACUGCGGAGUCAAUCCUUUCAAGGAGAAGACACAAUUGAAGAGUUUGGUUUCAUCGGCACUUGUGUCAAAUGAGGCGAAAAGUGACAUUCUCCACUUUGCAGAAAAGGACCAGAAGCGCUUUGAGGAGUUUGUAUCUGAUCGUUUGCUUUCAUCAUCAACCCUCUCGGUGUGGGACAAAAUGAAGAAACUGAAGCUGAAAUCAUUUUCGAACUGGAUGGAGAAAAGGAAAGUGCGUGUUGGAGACAAGGUCAUCAAGUUGCGGGAGGAACGUGAAUUGCUGGGAAGAUUCCUUAUCAUCCAAGGCAGCCGCCCAAGCUUAGUUCCUAAACUUGCGGAAACAAUAGGUGAAUAUGAAAUGUCAGUGGUUCCCCGUUCACUCUGUGCUGUCGAUGGUUCUUUGUACAUCCCAACAGACAAAGCAAGUCUGAUGCAUGCAGUUGAAGAUGCAAAGGCAGAACCUCCCGAUGCUGUAAAACAGCCUGACGUCGUGGAGGAUAAUCAUUCAACUUCCCCACAGGUUGAAAUGAUGCAGGAAGAGAUUCCGGUUACCGUAGAACAUGAGAUAACGCAGGUUCCUUCUGGAGCGGCCCAACAACCUAACCUCUUGCAUGAUCUUCCUGUCAAAGUGCUGAUAAUUGACGUCAUGGGUGUACUUCAAGGCAUGAAAAAGACACCUGCCAUGCAAAAGAUGUCAGACCUGCAGACUGCAUUCAACAGGCGCAUCGAAGGGAUGAUGGCUAGCUAUGAUGAAGGUCGAGUUGUGUUUGAUCGAUAUAUGGAAGAGUCAUUAAAGAACAAGACUCGACAAAAGAGAGCAACUACAUCAGUAGAAUACGAGAUACACCCAGAAAUGAAGCUCACAAUGUCCAUCAAGGAGCUUCUAUCUUCAUCGUCAACCAAGAAAAAGCUGACGUGCCUGUUAGGUCAGGGGCUGCUUGAUAACUUUUCACAGAACACGGACAGCCCUUUCAAGCUAGUGGUUGUGUAUGAUACCUUCAUCAAGGGACAUGAUUUUGAGGAGGCGCACACACAUGAAGAGGCUGAUACCCUGAUUCCUAAUCAAGUCCUUGCCUCUACUGCUAGUGGUGCCUUGCAAGAAAUUACUGUCUGGUCCCCUGACACUGAUGUCCUCCUUCUCUUAAUUCAUCUAGCAUCUUGUGGAAACAAUGCAGUGCCCACUUCUUUACAAUUUUCUACAGGCAAGGGUACAAAGAAACGAGAAAUAGAUGUGCUGGAGCGGGUUCAAGUCAUUGGACAACAAAAAUGUCAAGGCCUCCUUGGACUUCAUAAUUUUUCUGGUGCUGACUGGGGAGGAAAGUUUGUUGGGAUAUCCAAGAAGACAUGGAUCAAUUCCUACUUAAAGCUUGAUGAUGAUGAUCCUGUCAUUAUCUGCUUCAAAGAACUAGGUGAGGGUUCCAUUCCAACUGAGCUUAGCAAUGGAGAGCUUCCAACACAGGUGAAGGCACUAGAGCAUUUCAUAUGUCGUGUUUACUGUUCAUCAGGUCCAACAACCCUACCAUCGCUCAGAUGGGAACUGUUCCGAUCAAAGAACCUAGAAGGUGAGAUGUUACCUCCAACUCGUGCCGCAUUACUACCUCACAUCCUCCGUGCCAAUUACAUCACGAUGAGAGAUAAAUCAUACAAGACUAACUACCCAGUGCUUCCUCCUAUCGAAGAGAAUGGAUGGUAUUCAGAUAAUCGAGGAUGUCUUCCAGUCAAGUGUCUUGCGCUCCCUGCACCACGGGCAGUACUUGAACUCAUCAAAUGUGGCUGCAAAUCAGGAUGCAAGGGACGGUGUAGCUGCUCCAACAACGAUUUGCCCUGCACUCCUCUCUGUAAAUGCUAUAGUGGAGACUGUGAAAACCGGACAAGGGAGGAUGCUCCAGAUAGUGACAGCGAUUGACUUUUACUGGAAGUCUGAUGAAUUUUCCUGUUGUCAUGGUAACCACGAAGUAGGUGGUUACCCCUUUUCCGAUUUUAUUUUAUGUUUUGUUUAUAACUGGAAAAUGUUUCCAAAUAAUUCUUUGAUUUAGAUCAAGAUUGUGCCAUAUGUACAAGUGUUUCGGAACAAAAUAGCUCAACUUGUUUCUGUAGU